CAGCAUACUUAGGAACAUAACUAAUCUCAAAUCACCAAUCACCGAACUGAAAUGACUAUUUGACCAAUCACAACAAGCUAAGCGACAACACUUCCUGAUUCACAAAACGCAUGUUGGUGUUCAUGCUGCUGAGGUCAACGCGAGUACAAUUAUUCUGUUACCGAACAAGUUGGCUAUCAUGGCAAAGAGUAAAUCAUGUGAAUCAGAUCCCAAAAGAAGUGGGUGCAAAAGGAUGAAGUUGAAUUCAAAUGAGAGAGAUGUCUGCAUUGAUGAAAGCAAAGUGAAAAAGAAAAGGAAAAAUACUGACAUUGAGGAGGCUCCUAUACCAGUCCCCACAUUGUCAAAGAACACUUUAGAGGAAGUGGUGACAAAUUCAAGGAAAAACAAACAACAAGCAGAUGAUGCACAGAAGGAAAAGAAGUGGAAGAAGAAGAACAAAACUACUGGGAGUCCCAAGCCAAUCAUAGUCCCAGCUGCAGCAGAAGAUGAGGAGGAAGAUAAAGUGAUGGAGGGAGAGGAGGACUUGAGUCCAGAGGAGAGACGAGUCCUCGAGAGGAAAAUGAAGAAGAUUCUGAAAAAGGAGCAAAAGGAUCAACUUAAAGCUGAAGGGAAGACAGAAGACAAAAAUGAGGCCUCCAAACCCAUUGCUCCCCAACAGGCGCUAGACUACCUUACCUGUUGGGCUGAGAACCGUAAGGAGUGGAGGUUCCAGAAGACCAGGCAGACGUGGUUACUACAGCACAUGUUUGACUCAGAGAAGAUCCCAGAUGAGAACUUCUCUGUGCUUCUGUCUUACCUGGACGGGCUGCGUGGGGGGGCCAGGGACACCACCGUGCAGAAGGCUGAGACAUUGGUGCGGGAGGGGGAACAGGACACAGAUGCCCAGCAGAGGAUACAAAGAGCCAGGGAAAUCAUCCAGCUGCUUUCCUGACUAACCACUACCAUUAUUCUAGAUGAUCAAUCAAAUACCACCACAGCACCACCACCACCACACUCAAAGGGAAUAGUCAGUUCACUAGAUUCUUAUCUGCUGGUUUCUCAAUUAAUGCAGUGUGGUAUAUUCACUGUGUAUAGAAAAUUAAAUGGCAACCAGCCAUGGUUGCUGGAAUUGUGAUACCAAUGAAUUCCAUAUUAUGUUCACACUUCUGUUAAGUAUUGUGAUGCUGUAUGUUUUGUUAUGACAUGAUGUAAUGUGAAUAUAUCCAUGGUUUCAUGUAAUCAAACUUGUCAUUUGCCAGUAGAUGAGCCAUUUAAAGCUGCAAUAUGUAACUUUUUGGGCAACGCUACUAAAUUCACAUAGAAAUGUGAGUUAUAGAUCUGUCAUUUGUCUAAGAAGCAGUAGAUCUGUUCUAUGUGCGCUAUGCUUCUUGUGCUUAAGUUUUGGUUUUUACUUUUGGUUUUGUACACCAUCUUCAAACAGCUGAAAAUACAAUAUUUUUGGUUAUUUCA